AUGGGUCAAACUGACCCGGUUAGGAUCCAAAAAGCAUUUGCUCUUCACGCCUCAUCUGUUAUUAAGUUUAAUGGGUUCAAUUAUAAUGAAUGGAGUGAACAAGUCGAGUAUUACUUGGGUGUUCAAAAUCUCGACCUUGCACUCAUGACAGAGAAACCAGCUGAUCUCACUGAGAACAGCACUAAUGAAGAAAGGCCUUUCCAUAAGGAAUGGGAGAGAUCGAAUAGAUUGAGCCUGAAAUAUUUACGGAUGACAAUGGUGAGCGAAAUCAAGAUCUCACUUCCUACCACAGAAUAUGCUAGGGAAUUUAUGAGAUUAGCCAAAGAGACUUCUCAGUUUGAGGCCGCUGACAAGUCCCACACAUGGGCAUUAAUGAGUAGGCUGACCACCAUGAAAUAUGAUGGUUCUCGUAGCAUGUAUGAACAUGUGACUGAGAUGUCAACUAUAGCAGCAAGAAUUAGAAACAUGGGAAUGUUUGUGGACGAAAGUUUCCUUGUUCAGUUUGUCAUUAACUCUUUACCUCCUCAGUUUAGUCCAUUUCAAAUUAAUUAUAACACAAUUAAAGAUAAAUGGAAUAUGACUGAGCUUCAAACUAAGUUAGUUCAAGAGGAGGAAAGAUUGAAGAAAUAA